AUGGCGGUUACAAAACCCCAGCAACUGCCACCUAUGACUAGAGGUGUCAAAAUGGGUGAUGUAGCUAUAAACUGUGGCUCUGUUGGCAACUCAGCUGCACUUGACGGCCGUGAAUGGAUUGGAGAAGCAUCCUCGAAGUUCAUGCCUUCACUGCAACCAAGGGGCAAAUCAAGAAGCUCAACUGCACUUCAAGUAUCGUCAUUGUCUGUUGAUCCAGUUCCCUACACGACAGCAAGAAUCUCUGCCACUCCAUUCUACUAUACAUUUCAGGUCAGUCCAGGUCAGAAAUUUAUUCGCCUCCAUUUUUACCCUGCUUCCUAUCGAGGCUUUGAAAAGUCUAUGGACUUUUUCACUGUUAAAGCUGGUCCAUUCACCCUCCUAAGGGACUUUAGUGCUUCGUACGCCGCUGAUACUUCAAGUGUCAAGUACCUUGUAAAGGAAUUCUGCGUGAAUGUAGAAGAAAAUAGGGAAUUGAACAUCGUUUUUUCCCCUUCUCUGAGUAGCAAGUCAAGAAACACAUGUGCUUUUGUGAAUGGUAUCGAGUUAAUUUCGAUACCGACUGGUCUUUACCACACACCUGACGGUGAUUUGGGUGCCCGCAUUGUUAAUCUGAUGAAUCGAUUCCAUGUCAUUGACAAUAGCACUGCACUUGAAGUGAUUCAGAGGUUGAAUAUUGGCGGGAACUCUAUCUCACCAAUAGAGGAUUUUGGCAUGUUUCGAAGAUGGAGUGAGGAUGCUAAUUACUUGCUAGAACCUGCUGGAGUUCAUCAAGUGAGCCAUUUGGCAAAGAGGAUUAAAUACACAAACAUGCCAGCGUUCAUUGCACCACCAAAACUUUACCAAACCUCCUGGAAAAUAGAAAGAGAUGCAAGAGCAAACAAGAUGCACAAGCUUACAUGGAAAAUACCGGCAGAUUUAGGCUUUGGAUACUUGGUCAGGCUUCAUGUUUCCCAGUUUGGAGCAGAGAUGUCAACAAACGGGCAAAUGGAAUUCAGAGUCCUCAUAAACAAUCAUAUAGCUUAG